AUGAAUUACAGCCCUAGUCCCGAGAAUCUGGGACCUCUGCACAAGGGCAUCCCUCAUGCCAGCCCUUUUCGGUACAUCUGGCGAUUAGGUUUCUCAGGUUUGCAGCUUGAAGGUAAGAGCAGCUUGGAUAGCGGGGUUGUCCACCCGCUUCGCACCGUUUGCAACAUGGAGAGCGGGCUCGCCGGCAGAGAUGCUCCUUCCUUCGCAGGUGCGGAUGACCCGCCCUUCCACCAAACGGCGGCGCUGAAAACAACUGUCUCUUCGAUGGUCGAUUCAGUUGGCUCCCUGCUAGUGCGAACAGCCGGUCCUCCACCCCCUUCGGCGCUGCUGGCCCCGCCGAAGCCGCCCGCGCCGCCACCUGGCGGUGAGAUGGGCUACUGGGCCCGGGCGCGCGCGGCGCCCGCUCCCGCUCCGGCAUUGGCGAAGAGCGCCCAAAAGGCCCGCUCCGAUUUGCUUUCGCCUCAGACGCUGUCCCCAUGGGUGAUGCCUGCGGUUGAGAAGGUCAGCACUAGUGGAUCUUUGCCCCAGCACGAAGCUCAGCUGCUGGGAAGGUUGCUUCAAGGCUUAGAAGAGAGCAGUCUCUCCGUUCACGACGUGACCAGCGUUCUGGAGCUUGACCUCAAGCGACCAGGCUAUGGCGACUCCUUGGCGCAAACUAUGGCCUCGCCCGACAGGGAGGCGCCCAAAGAAGUGGCGCCACGGAAGGAGGAGGAGGAGGAGGCUCCAACCUCAGCAGCCUGCGCCCGCUGCCGGGUCCUCGAGCGGCAGAUGAAGGCUAUGGCUCAGGCCUUAGCAGGCCUCGGUGCCCGCGUCUUCAACUGGACUGUUCAGGCGUCCCUGCAGGAGUCUGAGCGAGCUUACGUCUGGGAUAUGACGCAGCAAUAUCUUCAGCCGUGCGCGCACCUCGACGGCCGCAUCGCAGAAGUUUGCUCCUCCCUCUCAUCAGCGCUCCGGCGUGAGCGGGGCACCGUCAAGGAGGUUCCCUCGCGGCACGCCUCGCCACAAAAGCAAACGAGCUCCAACCCCUGCCCCGCAGCUCCAGUGAAGGGGCCGGCAGCAGCCGUAGACGAGGCCCCGGCUCGGAGCUUGAAGUUGCAUUCUUGGAGCCUAUGUCCUGGUCAGCUUUCGGGCUACUGCCGAGGCCAUGAAGCUGAACGGCAUCUACAGACGUCGGACGGACAUCCAGGCCAACGGAAGGCCGGUUUACUGCAACGGCAACAGGCACAUCCUUUUUAUGUCGGAUGGCGCAUGGGUCAUCAAGGAAGGUCCCAGCUCUGA